AUGGAUUAUAAUCAAGAAGAAGAUGUUUAUUGGAUAUGUCUUAUAUAUAUUUUUUCAGGCAAAACUGGACCAACUAAACAUCUAUGGAUUGGAAAUAUACCAAAAGGUAUAGGACGACGUGAUCUUGAAUAUUUAUUUUCACGUUAUGGACAAAUUGAAAAAUUUAAUUAUUCACCUGGUAGACCAACAUGUAAUAUUUCAUUUGUUGAUGUUGAAGAUGCAAUUAAAGCACGAACAAAAUUACAUGGUGCAAUACGAUUACCAAAUGGACAAGUAGUUUAUAACAAAUCUGAUUUAUCAGUAUUACCACGAGAUGGUUUUUAUAUUGACUAUUAUGAUCGUUUAACAUUGGAAAGUCGUUUUAAUAAUCGUUCACGACAAAAUUCAUCGAAGUCACAUUCACGUCAAAGUUCGCCUGAAUCAGCAGUAUCAGAUCAUGCACAUUCUCCGUCUAAAGAUGAUAAUAAUGAUAAUACUCAACCAAAUGAAGAUGAUGUUAAUGAAGAUAUUAAACCUGAAAUACAUUCACGUUCACCAACACCACCAGUCUUAAAUCCUAUAAAAGAACGACGAUCAACAGAUCGUAGCGAAACACCAUCUUUAGUAGAUUCAUCUCCACUAGCUGGACGAACUUUUCAUGGCGCAUUAGGUUCUUAUUUAUCACCAACUGAUACAGCAAACAUAAAUAAUUUAAAUGAAUUAAUGAUACUUUGUGAACAAUUGAAUGCAUCAGCAACACAAAGUAAUACAGCUUUGUCAACUGUUUAUCCUGUUCAAUUUAUACUUAAAUCUCAUGCUUAUGAUGCACGUAUGCAUUUUCUUGCUGGAAGUCCAACAUUAACUAGUCUUUUACUCGGUCAACCAGGUGAUCUUGUUGCAGCUAAAACUGAAUUAAAAAUUACCCAACGGCUUCGUCUCGAACAAAAUAAACUUGAUGAUUUAGAAAAACAACUUCGUACUAAUGUUACAAAUGCAUUGAGUGUCAAUGGAAAUAAUUCGAAUGUGAAUACAAAUAGUAGUCGAAAACAAUUAAUAAUUGCAAAUCAAACAAAAUUUUCUAUACUUAUUGCAACACCAAAAAUACAUAAUUUAAAUAAACCACCUAAUCCAACUAAAGAUCAAGUAAAAAAUGAACAAACUUCACCAUCUCGAAUAAAUGAAAAUGAUGAACAUAUUAAAAUAAAAGAAGAGACAACGAACGAUGAUAAUGAAGAAGAAAUAUUACUUUCUCGUUUGAUUUCUUAUUUAGCUGAAAAAGAAGCAGCUGGUGUUAUAUCCAUUCCAUUUUAUCCAACAUAUCAAAAUGAUUAUAAUCAUUCAACUAAACAAGAAACUGCUGCCGUACAUAUAUUUCCUCCAAUAACAAAUCGUUUUAUUCGACCUUCGUCAUCAUUGAAUUCUGAUGCUGUUGAUUCGAAUGAUAAAAAUAAUAUUAAUACAUCAAGUCGAGAAGCGGAUACAUUACUUGAUAUACUUAUGAAACGUACUGAUGGUGUUGAUAUUGCACAUGAACAUGCGAAAUAUUUAUCAAAAUAUAUGUUUUCAUUAACACAAUAUAUUCAAGAACGAUCUGUUGAAGAACUUGGACAUGCGGAACGAACAUCGAAAUUAAUUAAUAAUUGUUCAUUAUCAACAUUUUUAACAACAUAUCGUUAUUUACCAGGAAUUGAUUUAAUGAUGAAACAAAUAAAAAAAGAUACUGAAUAUUAUUCAAAAAUACAAUCAACAUGGAUGCUUUUACAAACACAUGAAUUUGUUGGAAAAAUUGAAUCAUGGCGAACAUAUCAUGACAGUGUACGAAAAACAGUUAAGACUCAAUGGGAUAAAUCUUUUAAAAAAUGUCAACAAGCAAUGCAAAUAGUUGAAGAUGCUCGUACAAAUUCCAAAUCAGUCAUAAAUCUUCCAACAUCUUCAUCAUCAUCAUCAACAUCGUCAGAUCCCCUUACACAUUCAGUAAAUCUUUCAAUUACAUUACCGCAUCAUCAUUCUCUUCAACGUACAGCGUCAUCACCACCAAAUAUUAUUCAUACAGCAACAGCUCCAGCUCCACUUCCAUUACCACCCACAAAUGAAACAAAUUUACAAUCUGCUUUAAAUGAUCUUGAUAUAAAACAAAAAGAACUUCAAUUAACCAAACAUGAAACAUUAACAAUCCUUAAUAAACUUAUUAAUAAUACAGAAAAUUUAAUAAUUGAUUCAUUAAAUACAUAUUUUCGUUCAACUGAUUUUCUAACAAAUUCAUCAUCAGCUUUUAUUCCGCGAUCAAAAAAUGAUUUGGCAUCAUGUUAUACAACCUAUAUUCAUUCACUUCCACCUUCUACAAUUCAAGAUGAUAAUUCACCAUCAUCAUCAUCAAUAAAAGAUAGUUCAGUUCGACGUAUACCAUUUGUUAUUCAACUUUGUUGUCAUUGUAUUGAACAACUUGAAGGACAUAAAAUAAAAGGUAUUUAUCGUUUAUCAGGUGUUAAAUCAAAAGUUGAUCAUCUUUGUCGACAAUUUGUACAAGGUAUUGAAUUAAAUGGAACGGAUUUAAUAAAUAAUUUUUCAGCAAUUGUACUUGCUAAUGCGGUUAAAAAAUAUCUACGUGAAUUACCUAUUCCAUUAUUAUUAAUUGCUGAAUCAACGGAUUCAUCAUUAAUAGUUCAAAAUGAAUUAAUGAAUAUUGGAAAAGAAAUUUGUCAAUCAUCAAAUCAAAUAUCACCACGUAUUAAUGAACGUUUAAGACAAAUUAUUGACCAAAGAAUUUCCGAUUAUGCUAAACAAGCUUUAAUACAUUUACUCAAACAUUUGUAUUUAAUCUCAUUGAGCGAACAAGAAAAUCAAAUGUCAGCAGCCAAUUUAGGUAUUGUUUUUGGGCCGACACUUUUUAAAUCUCAACAGAGAAUGGAAGAUGAUACAACACUUUCGACUUUACUCGAAGCACCUUAUCAGGCAAAACUAGUUGAAUAUUUAAUUGCCAAUGAUCUUUUUAGUUCAGACAUCUAG